CAUCUACGGAUAUUUCUUUUUACAUCUUUGAUUGAACGCUAAAUGAUGGGACUGACGUCUGUACUUGCUUUCUGCUGCUGCCUUUCUCUUGCAUUUUCGGAAGAGUGUAGCCCUCCUGUUGUCAAUGUGUUCAACGGAGAUGAUGCUGGGUGUUGUCCGCUUGUGUCUACUAAACUUGACACAAUAUCAUCUCAACUAUCCAGAAUUGAAGCCAGACUUAGUGGGCCACGAUUUUCAGAUUGGGAAGUUGUAUUCAGAGGAAACGCAGGGGUUGCUAAUCCUAACCUGCUAGAUUUGUGGAAAGGUGCAACGACGUUAAAUGCUGAUGUUGCUGAUGCAAAGAAAGUGGACGGCACUUUUUCUGCUCCUUACAAAAGUUCAUUGGUGGAAAAUUGGGGUGCCCUAGACAUCAAGAAGGUCAAAUUUGCUUUCUAUGACGACGGCGAAGAAGUGAUGACAUUGAUAUUUAACGGUGUCGGGAGUAAUAAGAUGAACUGGUUUAGCAGGGCUCGCUUGUUGCAGACACCUUACCCAGACAUGCUUACUUCCAGCUUUAAUAAGUUUGCUAUCGUUCCUUCCGCUGGCACUUGUCCCCAGUGUCGUAUGUGGUACAUAAGCAAGAAUCACGGCGGAUGCCCCAAUGACAAUGGCUGGGUAGUUGUUACAGGCCAUCAGGUAUGCUUAUGGGACAGGGCACAGGGUGACCCAGCACCUCGCUUCCUCUAUUCCCCCACGGACGGUGUCAUCAAUUGGCAAUCAGAGCCUCCUGCCAAAGCCAGUGUGAUGGCAAUUUCUAUUCAAACAGGUGUUUAGUGCGCAUUGCCCACACUUUAACCAAUGAAACAUGUUGAAGAAGAUGGCGGGGACUGUCAUUGUAAUUCUGAGUCUACUAAUCUGCCUAAAUAGUCAAACAUUACAUUUUAUUAACAAUUCAUAAACUAUCUCAUGUGUCUAUAGAUUUAACUAAACAGCUGAAUUACAUGAUCUUAAAAAUAGUACUAAAUUUAAAUUAAAACGUACAAACCUACGAUACUAAUGUGACUCGCUUAGAGGCCUUGCUGGCAUUAAGCGUUAUAAGUCUGAUAUAUUAUUAUUAUUAUUAUUAUUAUUAUUGUUAUUAUAUUUAUUAUUAUUAAUAUAAAUAAACACUUCUUAUAUUACAUAGCUGAUUCUAUUGUGUUGUACCGUAUAAGUUAUUGCUU